AUGUCUUCGGCAGACGAACUCGACCCGGACUCACAACGAAGAACCUAUCAAGGGCCUCACUCCGCUCGUCACCCAAUUCCUACGAUUCAGAAAUACAAAGCCGAGAGACAAGAACUGAACAAUAACCAACACGACGCUGAACAAGCUCAGCGUGAUGAGACGGAUGAUUCGACAUACAAGAGAGCCUAUCAUGCCGCCAAGGGCGUACUGAAAGGCGAAGAUCCUCCACAGUCCGGUCAUGACCCCUACAGAACCCAGAAUCGAAAUGUGCACACCGAGGGGGAACAAGGAGACGCUGGGGGACGAGAAACUCAGCAUGAUGGCACCCACGAAGGACAAAACCGAGAAGAGCCACAGACGAAAGAAGAGCGGAAAAGAGAUGAGCCAGGCCAGUCCGCCACUGAGGCCGUCGCAGGACAACAUGACCCACGUCAGAAGAGGAAGGACAUGAAACACAAGAAGCGCAGCGAUGGCGGCAGGGAAGUCACAGAUCCUGUUACUCAUCUGCCCAUUGUGAUCCGCGACUCGACGCACAAGGACCUCAAGUCCACUGGCGAGAAUAUUCCGGGUCCGGGAGUGGAUUACCGGACGAGGACAGGCGUUGAUGGAGCGACCAAGUCGACGGAGGAGCACGACACCGAGCGCAAGGAGCUCCAGAGCAAGCUUGAUGGCAUGCAGAAGCUGUUCCCACCCCCGAAAUUCGAGGACGUGAGGGAUGAAUUGGCGAGGACGUACGAACGAGCCGCCAUGAUAGGCCUGAGCUGCAUUGUGGUAGUGAUCCUACUGGGCCAGCUUCUGGCUUUGGUGUUCGACGUGGGCUUGUACAAGAAAGACGCCGGCUGGGUCUCCAAGGCCUUUGCUCUUGCACUCGUCCUCAUCCCGGCCGUUGCUGCAGGGACUGUGGUGGUAGUGGUCAAAGGCUGGCUAGGCAAGAAAGUGCAAACAAUUUGGGACGACGAGGUCUGGGACGCCGCUCGCCAGGAGGAGCUCAGCACAACACAAGCCGAAGACGUUAUUCCAGAGUCCGUGGCGUGGUUGAACAACCUUCUCUCGGCUGUGUGGCCACUGAUCAAUCCGGACCUUUUUACAUCGAUUUCCGACAUGUUGGAGGAUGUCAUGCAGGCUUCCUUACCAAAAGUCGUGCGGAUGGUGAGUGUUGAUGAUCUGGGCCAAGGAAGCGAGGCAUUCCGUAUCCUGGGGAUCAAUUGGCUACCUACUGGUGCCGCAAGUCAGUCUGUAGGCUCGGAUGGUGAUCUCAAAAGACCUGGAAAGGAUGAGGAAAACGACCGAGCAGCAGACGGACAGGGCCAGGUCGAUGACGGUACUGAUAACCAAGGCGAAGGAGAAGCUAAAUCUGGUGACAAUACCCAAGACAAGCAACAACAGGAGCAGGAAGAUCAGGCAAUCCGCGAGGGCAUGGAGGCGGAACAGGGCGACUUCGUCAAUAUGGAACUGGCCUUCGCCUAUAGAGCACGAUCCUCGGGGAAAUCAUUGACGGCGAAGGCCAAAAACGCCCAUCUCUACCUCAAAUUCUAUCUCCCAGGAGGCAUCGCAGUGCCCGUCUGGGUCGAGCUACGUGGUAUUAUUGGCACAAUGCGUCUUCGGCUGCAACUCACGCCGGAUCCGCCUUUCUUCUCUCUGUGCACUCUAACAUUCAUGGGCCAGCCGCAGGCGGAUAUGUCCUGUGUACCGCUGUCCAAGCACGCACUGAACCUCAUGGAUGUGCCCCUGAUCUCGUCGUUUGUGCAAUCUUCAAUCGACGCCGCCUUGGCCGAGUAUGUUGCGCCGAAGAGCCUGACGCUGGAUCUAAAGGACAUGCUUGUGGGCGACGACUUCAAGAAGGACACGGUCACGCGAGGCGUGGUUAUGAUCUUCAUCAAAUCCGCCAAAGGCUUCAAGCAGGGCGACGGAGGCGUCGGUCCGUUCCAGGGCUCCAGCGACGCGUAUGUGUCAGUCUCGUGGGGCAAGUUUGGAAAGCCUGUCUCUUCGACCAGAAUCAUAGUUGAUGAUCAGGAGCCGAACUGGUCAGAAUGGUCACAUAUAUUGGUCACGCCAGAAGAACUCAAUGCGGAUGAAAAGCUUCGACUCCAGCUCUGGGACUCGGACAAGUGGACGGCUGACGAUGACCUCGGUCGGGUGGAGGUGGACCUGAAGGAGCUGAUGUUUGGCUCCAAGACGAAGAACAGGAUGUGUGAUCGUGAAGAUCGAUUCAAAGGUGAAGAUUCCGACGAAGACAUGCCAGGCACGUUGCAAUGGCAAGUUGGCUAUUUCGAGAAGACGGAAAUCACGGAACAGCAACUAGCGAAGCAGAAUGCAGAUCCGAAUAUCCGGACAGAAGAAGAUCUGAGAAAACAGGUCAGCGAGACUGCAGAGAACAAGCUGCGAGAAGCGACAGCCCACGACGAGAGCAGAGAGAUCAAGCAGCAAAAGCAAGAAGAUUACAAGGAGCAAGAAGACGCAUUGAUCAUCUCCAGUCCUCCACCAGAUGAGUACCCCAGUGGCAUCUUCAGCAUUCAGAUCCACAACAUUACUGGCCUCGAGGUACAGUCCUUGCAGAAGAAAGACAAGAAAGAUGCCAAUGAUAAUCGAGAGGAUGAAGCCGAGCAGAGUGACGACAUGCCGAGCAGUUACGCCACCAUCAUCCUCAACCAUCAGAAGAUCUACCGCACGCGGACAAAGCCGAAGAAUGCGAAACCUUUCUUCAAUGCUGGCACGGAAAGAUUCGUCGUCGACUGGAAGACGGCAGAGGUCAUGGUUGCAGUCCUUGAUGACCGUGAAAGAGAGGACGACGCGCAGCUCGGAAUGAUAUACCUCCCACUUCGCCGGGUCUUCCAGGAAAAGAGUCAAGUUACCCAGACUUAUCCGCUUGUUGGUGGUAUUGGGUAUGGUAGAGCACGAAUCAGCAUGGUGUGGCGCAGUGUUGAAUUAAAGCUGCCGAAAGAACUUCUGGGUUGGAGUUAUGGCACCUUGGAGGUCAGGUGUCCCGUCAGGUCGAAAGAGGCAAAGGCUCACACCAACGAAGAGAAGUCGUAUAGCCAACAUCGCAUCAAGCUGAGGACGAACAUGAUGAGAGCCAAGAUGUGGCCAAGCUCCGGGGACGAUGUUGAAUGGAAGCCCAAGGGCGACAAGAAAUCCGUUUUUCUGGCCGUGCGCAAACGCUACUCCAGUCCUUUGAUUAUCGAAUUCCGCAAGUCGAGCCUUGGCCCAGACUCGACGCCUGCAUUCGGGGUAUUCUGGCUCAAGGAUAUCCCGGAUGAGGAGGAGAAGAACAUUACCGUCAAAGUAUGGAAAGGCGGCAAAGAAGCGGCUCACCGUGCCACGACAAGUUAUGGGUAUUCGGGGAAGGAGGAGAAUGAGCAACCACUCGGAGAGAUCGAGCUGACAAUUAAGUUCUGGCGCGGUCUAUCUGGAUACCACAAAAGCUUUGCCGACAAGUCUCGCAAUGCAGAUAUGCGGCACGUGAUGGAAAUCCUAGACACAGCCAACGAUGAAGGACAAGUCGAGGAAUUUGAAGGGGAGUUCGGCGGCGAUAGCCAGGCGUCCGGGGACGAGGACAGCGAUAGUACGCAAGACGGAAACGGCUCCGAGUCCUCGAAGAAGAAUAACCGCUCGCGCCGCAAACUUCGCACCCACACCAACGACGACUCGUCCGCCUCGGAUAGCGACGGCGGGUCCACGAACUCGAAGAACCCGAUCCGCGCCCCUGCGCAAAUGAUCUCCAAGCCCCUCUCUACAGCGUCCCAUCUCGCUGGAAAGGUGCUGGAUGUCAACGGGCAUAAUGAUCCUGACGACGGAGAUCGUGGACUUCGAGCACAGGUGAGGGACUAUAAAGAUCAUCACAAACAACUGCACCGCAAGCAUAGGGGCGUGAUGCAAUGGCGGGGUGCCAGGACGGUGGAUUGGAUGGCCAAGAAAGUUAAGAGUAUCGAAGGGCUGGGUGACCGAGUGGUGAGUCGGGAUAAAGACGGAGACAAGGGUGGUGGAGGGGUAGAGACGGAAGUCUGA